UGGUAAAGUUGGUUGAAAAAUGAAUAUACAAGGCAUUGAAUACUGGGGGCACAGAGGGGUGACUUUGACUAAUGAUCUAACUUGGGCAGGUUGGAAGCUUCGCAUGGGACGCACAAUUCCAUGUGGGAGAAGAUGUCCAUGAAGCAGAGGAUUAUAAAGGGGAUCAGAACCAGUUGACUGCUGAAUUCGGGGAGUGAAUUGGACCCUUAACCAGUUCCUGUCAUGAAAUUUUCUCUUCCACGGAUCAACACUCAGGUUUUUUUAUUGUUCCCGGCAAACUCACCAAACCAAGCGCCAGGAAUUUUAAGCUCAAUGGUGGGCUGCAGCUACAUUUUAAAGCUAAAUAGAAAAAUAAUUCAAACAUGCAUGUGGAAGGCGCUUCGAAUAGGUGAGCUUGAGCAAUGAAAGGACAGCCUCUUACUAUUGGACCAAAUGUGCUUUGUUGCUAUAACUGUGUUUAAUAUUGCGAAAAUGUACUACCCAAAGAGCCCUUUUUGGGUUUUAUUUUCUUCUAUAUUUUCUAAACAAAGCAUAUUUACAUGAUUUCCCAUACUUAUAUAUAUUUUUUCAAUAAAACAACUUUAAAAUAUUUAUUAUGGUUUCUUAGAAUUUUUUUUUAAUAUUUCCAUGAGUUUGGAUUCAUCCAUCGACAUUUUAUAAAAUACUCAUGAAUAUUUUUUUACAUAUUUAGAUAUAUCUAUAAAAUCAAGUUAUCAAUUUAUCUGUCAAAACCGAUAUUUUCACCCUUAUCCACCACCGCUAAAUAUUUUUGAGUCAAGUUGUAUAUAUAAAAUCCUGGAAUGGAAGAAUUGAGAUUUCCGGCACUUGCUAUUCGGUUGCUCCUGUUUUCUUUGUUAAAUUUUGUAUCAUAACUUGGUUCUCGGAAUUUCAGUUACAUUUGAUUUGAAAAUUAAUACUUUUUGCUUGAAAUUAGGCCCAAGGUCAUCCACACCAGGCAAGUUGGUACUUGAUACUUUCUUUUCAAUCUGCUCCAGUUGGUUGGGAAUUGAAUCUACAGAGCAAUAGAAACCCAGUACAUGCAAGGGUGAAUUUUGACUUGAGACCGAGGAAGAAGCAGUUUCCGAAUUAGUAGAAGAGAGAGAGAGCUCAACUGUUCUUUUCUUUUGGUUGGCGGCCGCAUUCUCAUGAAAUGGCUAAGUCUUUUGUGACAUUAUUCCAAUGGAGGCUGAACUCUGUUCUACUGCAAGAGAAUGAAAUUCUUUUGGCUGUGAAGGAUCAAAUCCUGUCACUCGUUAACAAACUUGAUGAGGUUGGAAGCUUUCUGGGACAUCCUGUUUUUUGGACGCUGCAUGCUCGUGAAAUGGCUGAGUCUUUUCUGAAACUAUUCGAACCAAAGCUGAAAAAGAAAGGAAAUGAUCAAAUGGUGUCACUCAUUAGGCAACUGGAUGAGGUUACCAGAGUUGCAGGAGAUGUGGAGAGAAUCAGGGCAUGCUGCCAAACUUGGGUGAGUGAGUUAAGGGUAAUGCUCCAUGAGGCAGAGGAUUACGUUGACAAUUUCAUAAUUAAGCUGUAUGGGCAUACCGGGCAGGAUCAGAAAGAGUCGAUUGCUGAAUUUGGAAGUGAACUUGAGAAUAUCAACACGCGAGUCUCACAAAUCAUGAACAGAAGGCCUCAACUUGGGGCCUCCCCUAUCUUAGAAGAGAUUCAACAAUUCCUCAGAUCAAGGUUUUCUUUUGAUGAAGAUGAUGAGGAAACUGCUCUGGCCUCUUGCAUGUUAAAUUACAUAAAUCUACCCUAUGACCUUAAACUCUCUUUGCUAUUCUGCCGUGCCUUUCCUGGUUACUAUCGAAAAACAAAAGGUGCAUUAGUUCGAGUUCUGGUAGCAGCAGGUUUAAUACAAGAAAAACCUGGAGAACUGAUGGAGGAAACAGCCCGGGAAAAUAUAGAAAAGUUGGUGGACCUAGGAAUGCUUGAAGAAGAUCAAUCUGAGUGGGAUUGUUUUAGAGUUCCGAGUCCAUACUAUGAGUUAUCUCUGAGUGUAACAGCUCGUCAUGUAUCAAUUCAUGACGCAGAAAACACCAUCACCAACAUGAACAGUCUCCUACAUUCACUGUUUGUUUCUGCAAAGGAUGGCCUUUCAAAGGCCAGCUCAGAUUGUUUGGAAACUGUGUUGUACAAUGCAAAACGUGUGCAAGUGUUGGACUUAGAAAAUACACAACUCAAGAGCUUGCCUGAUGAAGUAGGGAAAUCGGUGAACCUAAGGUAUCUGGGUGUGAGGCAUUCCGAAAUAAAUGAGCUUCCUGAGAGCAUCAGCAAUCUUCGGAACCUACAAACCUUGGAUAUCUCCUGGUCUGGGGAUGAAUUUGAGCUGUCAAAUGGAGUUUUGAAUCUUGCACAACUGAGGCACCUGAAGGUGUUCCGGCCUGUGAAUGAUGGUGAGGUUAGAGUUCCACGAGGUAUCUCAAGACUCAGAAACCUCCAGACUCUAGAAGGUAUAUACGCAGGUGGUGGCAUUGCCAAGGAGUUAGGCAACAUGACACAACUCAGAUCACUCGAAGUGAGAUGUCUUUCAGAUGAUCAUGCAGAUGAGCUAUAUGCUUCUGCCACAAAGUUAACUGGGCUUAGGAACUUGUCUCUUACUGUUGAGGGGAAUGGGAUUGCAUACGACUCCAGUGACUCAGAUGAUAAUGAAUAUUCAGUUUUCCCCUGCUUGGAGACAUUCUCACCUCCGCCACUACUUGAAACACUUGAGCUAGUAGGGUGUUUAACAGAGAUGCCUCUUUGGCUUGGCUCAAUGGAGAACCUCACCAAGUUAUAUCUGUGCUACUCUCAUCUUUCUGAGAACCCAACUACAAUUUUGCAAUUCCUUCCCAAUCUGAAAUAUCUUCUAAUGGGGGGUGCUUACAAAGGGAAGCGUAUGGAAAUAGAGUUUUUCAGAGCUGGAGGAUUCCCUAAAUUGGAGUAUCUCACCAUUGCUUCUGAUGAUCUAGUGGAAUGGACAGAAAUUGAAGAGGGGGCACUGCCUUCCUUAAAACAACUAAGAUUUUCCAACUGCACGAGACUGAUGGUUCUGCCUGAAGGACUGCAACAUGUAACCACACUCCAAAUAUUGGAUUUGUGGAAUGUGCACGAGGAUCUUAUUCGGCGGUUGAGCCCCAAUGGAGGUCCAGAGAAUUAUAAGAUCAAACACAUUCCAGUAGUAAAAUAUCUUGGGCAAAUGAUGUCGCGGGGGUUUUGGACCCAAUGACAAAUUUUAUGAGUUUUAUCAAGUUAUAAUGAUGUUCAAGAUUCAAUCUCAUGGAGAAGUGGCUUCAAAUAAGUAUUAAAAAUAAAUCUAAAUUGUGUAUGGUUAUCUUAACUAUAUUUGAAAAAUUCUUCUGCAA